GGUUUGAGGCGGGACCAUAAAUGCGGAAGGAGGCGGUCCCUCUAUUUCCCUCUCUCUCCAGCGUGCUGACAUGGCUGAAUCGCAUAGUGUAAAGGUUGGAAUAAUCGGUGGAUCUGGACUGGAUGACCCUGAUAUACUGGAAGGAAGAAUAGAAAAAUACGUAGAUACACCCUUUGGAAAGCCUUCAGACGCCUUGGUUCUGGGAAAAAUAAAAAAUGUUGAUUGCGUGCUGCUUGCAAGACAUGGAAAGCAGCAUACAGUUUCUCCAACAAAUGUUAACUACCGUGCCAACAUUUGGGCUUUAAAAAUGGAAGGAUGUACUCACAUAUUGGUGACUACGGCUUGUGGAUCUUUGAGAGAAGAGAUUCAGCCUGGAGAUGUAGUAAUGCUUGAUCAGUUUAUUGACCGGACUACUAAAAGAGAGCAAACAUUCUACGAUGGGGGGACAUGUUUACCCGGUGUAUGUCACAUUCCAAUGUCUGAUCCUUUCUGUAGCAAAACAAGAGAGGUAUUAAUCGAUGUUGCUAAAAAACUUGGCAUUAAGUGUCACACUAAGGGUACAAUGUUGACCAUAGAGGGACCACGCUUCAGUUCUAGAGCGGAGAGCCACAUGUUUCGCCUCUGGGGGGCAGACGUCAUCAAUAUGACCACGGUUCCUGAAGUUGUUCUUGCCAAAGAAGCUGGCAUAUGUUAUGCAAGUAUUGCAAUGGCAACAGACUAUGACUGCUGGAAGGAACAUGAAGAAGCAGUGUCUGUAGACAGGGUACUAAAGACACUUAAGGAAAAUGCGAAUAAAGCAACAAGUAUUCUCCUGACUGCUAUACCUCAAAUUGCAUCCAUGGACUGGACAGAAGCACUCAGCACUAUGAAGAGUACAUUGCAGCUCUCUGUUAUGUUACCCAAACACUGAAUUCUCAGGGUUGGACAGAAAACAUUGGGAUCAAGAAACGCCUGGAAAAUAAACAGCAAAAAAAAAAAUCUAAAUCCUUUUUUGCAGCUCGCAUCUUCUAUAUUUGAAUAGAUUAAUAAAGCAUGACCAAAGAAUAUAUUUACAAACAGGCUAUGGUUACUAUGUAGCUAACCACAUGUAUACACCCAUAUUUUACAUUUUGAAAUAGCUUGCCUGUACAUCACAUGAAAACAUUUUAUUAAAAUGCUAUUCUACAUCACAACCAAUACAGCUCGGUGUUAAGGUUAUGGUGCAGUGUUGCUUUAAAUAUAGGUCACUAUAUAAGAUAUUGCUACUUGUUUGCAUGUACAGGGAAGUCAAUUUAACAUUACUUUAGUACUGUUACUGUUUACGCACUUUUUUUUAUCAUAUGGUUUCAUGCAGUAUGUAUAUCACCAAUAUAUCCAACUACUCCCAUAAAUAUACAUGAUAUUAUGUAAUUUCCUAGACCAUGAUUUUUUUAACCUUGUGAACAUGUCAAUGUAUGUUGCAUAGUCUGCCUAAAUAACCACAGAAGCUUCAAUUUAUGUCAGGCUAUUGAGUAAGAAAACAGCUCUGGAAAACUUGAUGAUACAAGUUACUCACAGCUUUUCUUGCACAUUAAAUUUGACCUGAAUGCAUAUCAUGGAAGAAGAUAGUGUUGUAGGCAUUGGAUUACUGACCGCAACGAGAAACGAAAAUUACAAAUAUUUUGUCAUGCUUUGUAUUUUCUUGUUCAAAGAUGUAUGCUUGCUUUGUAUAAGCAGAUUAAAACCCAUCUAGAACUC